AUCUCAUCUCUGACAGUUAUUUCAGCUGACAUACAGGAACUACCACAUUUAGUACAACAGAUGGUUGAAAUAAAAUCGACGUCCUUGUGUUUUAUAACACAUUUAGAUAUGACUGGCAUACUGAAACCUUACACAGAGAUCAUGCAGCUCUCUUCUGACCUGACCCACACUACCCAGGAUGCAAAUGCAAGACAGCUGAGUCAGACCAUGCAGCAUGCAGAAUCAUCAGACACGCUCAGUUCUUCCUCCUUUAUUACUGAUGCCCAGAGCACAGAGGGCAGAGAGGACAUCACCCAAUCCUACUCCAUGAUUCUGCCUUCCCAAACAGACAGGAUCUCUUCAAAUGGCCAGUCCGAGUACCAAACGGUGGUGGAGUCGCCUGACGGCUCUCCGGACAGUGAUGGAAUGACACCGGAGCUUGAAAAAGCAGGUCUGCUCAACAAAACCAAGAUAGCAGAAGGAGGCCGGAAGCUGAGGAAAAACUGGAAUCCCUCGUGGGUGGUGUUGGUGGGCAACAGUCUUAUGUUCUUCAAAGAUCCCAAAUCCCAAAAUUCUGAUAGCUGGAAACCAGGGAACAGCUGUCCAGAGAGCAGUGUGGAUCUAAGAGGAGCUCAGCUGCAGUGGGCCAAUGAGCUUUCCAGCAAGAAGAAUGUCUUCAAGCUGAGGACGGUUACAGGAAAUGAAUUUUUGCUGCAAUCAGACACUGACUCUGUAAUUAGAGAGUGGUACAGCACAAUACAGAAAGUCAUUCAAAGACUUGAUAAGGAGAAUCCUCUGGAUAAUAUAUUGCAGUAUUCUUUGAGGAGAACAGGCUCCUUGGAGUUGUUGGACCAUAGUGGAGAUGAAGAGGAGAACCGUACAGGACACAAGCCUUCGCUCCCUCGCUCAAUCUCUAAUUUGGAGACUACAGAGAGGAAGCGAGUGAAGAGUCGCUUGAAAAAGCUCAUUUUGAGGAGACCACCAAUUCAGGCAUUACAGGAAAAGGGUCUUAUUAAAGACCAGGUAUUUGGCUGUAGUUUGGAGUUGCUGUGCGAGAGGGAGAAAAGCACAGUGCCACGGUUUGUCAGAAACUGCACCGAAACAGUGGAGAAGAAAGGUUUAGAGACAGAUGGUAUCUACAGAGUCAGUGGAAAUCUGGCUGUAAUCCAGAAACUACGCUUUGCUGUCAAUCAUGAGCGAGCUGUGUCUACAGAUGGACGUUAUCUCUUUCCAGAGGAUUUAGUGCCAGUGGAGCAUGUGGACCUGGAAGACCCACAGUGGGAGGACAUCCAUGUGAUAACAGGAGCCCUGAAACUCUUCUUUAGAGAACUUCCUGAACCACUUGUACCUUAUGAACUCUUUCAAGACAUUGUCGAGGCUGUCAAGCUGUCUGAUUACUCGGAUAAAGUGGAACGGAUGAAAUCGCUAGUAGACAGCUUGCCUCCCCCGAACCAUGAUACCAUGAGGCACAUGUUCCAGCAUCUUAAACGGGUGAUGGAGCACUCGAAUAGUAAUCGCAUGACAACGCAGAACAUCGGCAUCGUCUUUGGACCAACUCUGAUGCGUCCACAGAGCGACUGUGCGAACAUGGCCAUUAAUAUGGUUUAUCAGAACCAGGCAGUAGAACUCAUCCUCAGUGAAUAUAAUCAGAUCUUUGGAUCUGACCCAUCCAGAUCUCUCUGACACCAGUGCGGAACCAGAACAGCAGCAGAACCUGCUCACUGUGAACCAGAGGAAUCUGAAAUGCAUGGAAGGGGAGCUAAAUAUGGUCCAUGCAACUGUUCAUUAAACUGCAGUGAUGCCGCAAAUUCCAUCCUGGUGCAUGAUGGAUGGAUGAAUGGUUGGAUGGAAGUGCUUGAGCAACAAUCAGCCAACUGGCCUUUAGUGGCACAAAGUCACACAAAAAACAUGUGUUUUCAAAUUGAAUCAAGAGGCUUAUUUUAUGUUCAUUAGUGUGUGUGUGUGUGUGUGUGUGUGUGUGUGUGUGUGUGUGUGUGUGUGAAUGUAAUGUCUCCUCACAAGUGUUUUUCAUUCUAUUGUUUCCAGCAACUUUGGGAAAACCACACAUUUUGUAUUGGCAAAAAAGCCUCCAUGAACUAAAUUCUAUAAAAUAAAAUCAGCAAUAGUCACCCGAUACGCAUAAACAAGAAGACAGUUCUGAAGUCUAACCUGUUAUUCAACUGCUCUUGAGUCAUUUCAUUUCUUUUUUAACAAUCCAAAUUGCUAUGUAAUCUCCUUUUCCAUUGUUCCAGCAGUAUGGCUGUGGUGUGUGCAUGUGUGCGCCCGUGUGUGUGCGUGUGUAUAUAUGUGUGUGUGUGUGUGUGUGUGUGUGUGUGUGUGUGUGUGUGUUUUGCGUGACAGAUAGAAGGGCAGAAGUAUGUUCUGUAUUUUGCUCGUUGAUUCGGUGGAGCUUUUUGCCACUAUUGGUCCAAAUCUCUGUUUUUAAUAACAGAACAAAAGAAGAGCUAAAAAUGCAUUAUGUUUAAAAAAUGUGGAGUAAACCCCCCACCACCACCACCCAUCAGCACCAGUGCUUUGGUAAUUUUAUAUUGACUGUGGCUUGGCAAGAGACAAGAAGAAGUGAGAGGGAAGAAAAAGAACACGGAGAGCAUAUGGAUUUUAAUGUUAGAGUUUAUAUAUUUAUUCAUUUUUUUAUUUUCUUAUUAUUGCUAUGGGCAGCACGAAGGAUGGGGGAGAUUACUGAAGUAAUUUAAGUGGAGAAAUAAAAUGAAGUCUUAUGCUAUGUGUUACUUUCGAGUAUUUUGUUGGACAUUUGAUGAACUGUUGUCCUUCUCUUAAUACUGUUAGAAGUUGUCCAUGUAUUUUUGUGCCAUCAUUAUUUUUAUGAACCUCCUUUCUCAUUGGAAAAACCUUCAUAACCAAUAUGUUUUAGGUCAAGGGCUCUCAAAUGUAAUCCUGCCCUGCAUGGUUUGAAGAUUUUCUAUGUCUGCCACACACCUGAUCCAAGUCUUGUUUAAAUGUGUUUCUAGAACUGUACAAGUCCUGGAAUUUCAAAGAUAUCUUAAAACUGUGAUUUGGAAUAUCGCCUGGAAAUUUACUCUGUUCCAAGCUGGAACAAUGGUACGCCACUCUGCACCUAUCCCUUAAAAGGCAGCUCACAAGACGUAUAGUUUUAACAGAGGAGAUGUGGUUGGUUGGGGGGGAAGGAAAAAGCUGGUCAUUGUUUUCAUUGCAAUUGCAGUUUGCCUCAUAGGCAGCAGAGGACAAUUACAAUUUGCUCCUUUAACUGUUUAAUUGAAUCAUGUGUGUUGGAAAUAGAAUAAAAAAAAAGAACUUCAAACUCUACAAGGCAGUGUCAGAAUAGAGAAAUCUUGUUUUAAGUUCAGAGCGACCACAGAAAACAAGUUCAUACUGAAUAGUCCAUCAGAAUUAUUUUAUUUAUUGUGCCAUUUAUUGUGUUUAGCCUAGUGACCUUUGACUGAUCCCACAAUUUGUGAAACCGUUUCCGUUCUUACCCUGUACAGUUUUAUAUGUUGGUCCCUAAACUGUAUGUUAAGUAAAAAGAUACUUGUACUAUAAUAUAUAUAGAUUUUUUUUUUUUAAAUCAAGUAACUGCACAUUUUGGACUGCAGAUAUUUGGUGUCCCAUUCUCAUAACCCAGCAUUUUUAUGUGAUGCCUCCAAUACUUUUCAUUUUACCAGCAUUGCGAAUUGCUGGUCUGUUCCUUUUCUCUUCCUCCAAAUCCUGUAAGCUACUUCAAGCAAAAUAUAUGAAAAUAAAAGCCAAUUACUUAACUCUGUGAA